AUGUUCGUCCCUCUCGCUAUCCUCAGCUUCCUCUUCAUAACUGUACAAUCACAGUACUACUCCUACUACCCUCAAUACGGCUACGCCCAACCGACCUACUAUUCGAGGGGUUCUUACGGGUACAGUCCGUACUCUUCCUAUGGAUACUACCAAUAUCCCGGCUACUACCAGCAGUACAACAGUUAUCGAGCCCCAUCGCUUUUGGGAAGCUUGUUUGGUGGUGGUGGGUACAACGUCGAUCAGUACGGGAACAAGUACAUCGGUACUACGAGAAAUGGUUUUUUCCUCACGUGUAAUGGUCGAGGAUGUGCUACAAGAGGAUAG